UAGCGCCGGGGGAAGGCGACGAAUGCCAUUGGCCGAGGGAGAAAACGAAGUGAGGGAGUAAUUCGAUUAUUGGGAGACUCCGAGUGGUCAGGAUUUUAAAGGAAAUUGAAGGUGAUUGAGGUGUUAUUGGGGCGAGAGAGGGACUGGGUGCAUCGGUGAUUUUUCUGUCAGUGGAGGGAGAGGAGAGGGAGAAGUUUUGGGAUUUUUCGAGGGUUUUUGAGGUUGGAAUCAUGGGCUCCGUCGGCAGGAUUCAAUCGCUCGUUAAACGGGUGUCGAACAGAGUGUUGGGGAUUGGAGCGAUCAGGACGUACAGUGUGUUCAACCCCUAUCACAUCAAACCGACAUUCAGAAAAGAUGAGCAGGCGCGUCUGGAGGAGAGCGGAGAGCUCGCGAAAAUCGCUCACGUGCCGAUUCUACCGGCGAUGAAGGCGGAAACGUCUUCAGAGUUCUUCGAUUCCGUUGUUGACAAGUUCAUCAAUUACGUACUGCGAAAGGGGAAGAAAGAGCUCGCGAGGAGCCUCGUGGAAGAGGCCUUAGAGAAGGUAAAACGAUCACAGCUGGAGAGGUACCACAAAGCCAGACCUGAAGAGCGAGCUAAUAUUAUUCUGAGUCCGAAGGAAGUUCUGCAUGCGGCUGUCAUAAAUUGCAAACCGGUUAUGGAGCUCAUGACGAUGAAGAAAGGAGGAUCGAACUAUCGAGUACCCAUACCAGUUUUAGAACGACGUCAAAGGUUUCUAUCGAUGAAUUGGAUAAUCCAAGCAGCUCAGGAUAAAAACGGUCGUAUUCCUUUCUCAACGCAAUUGGCUAAAGAGCUCAUUGAUGCAGCCGACAAUCAGGGACGUGUCGUAAAAAAGAAACAGGACCUCCACAAAAUGUGCGAGGCAAAUCGUGCCUACGCCCACUUCAGGUGGUCUAAUUAAUAAAUCCUGGAAAUAUUAUGAACUGUAAAUAAAUCGAAUCUUCUUAACAA